UUGCAAGCUCCGCCGAUUUUCAAGUGGUGUGAUUCAUGUGGAUACCAGGUUUCAGACCUACAGCAGGACGUGUUUAUUUUUGUCCAUUUUCGUCUGCUCUUCAGUCUCAUUAUUUCCUUCCAGUUUCAGCUCAGCCUCCGUGUGUUCCUUAAAGUGUUACUAGAAGCAGGAGGUUCCACUAUGUCUGAUGGAAGAGAGAAUCCAUCAACGUCAACUCCAGCAGCAGCAACUGCAGGAGCUAGUGAGGAUGCACCGACAGUCGCCAGCCACAUUCCUUUUGCUGAACUUGCUGGAUUCUUGGAGAAGGUACAGAAGAAGCACGGCGGCGAGGCCAAGAAACAGAUGUUCCGAGAGUUCCUUAACAAGUGGAGAGAGUUUCACAAACAUCUUCAUGAGGAUGAUCCAACGACGAAAGACAAUUUCUAUCCUGUGAUGAGACUGUUACUGCCGCAACUGGAAAGGGAAAGAAUCGCAUACGGUAUCAAGGAGCAUACCCUAGCCAAGUUGUACAUUGAAAUUCUUGGCUUGGGUAAAGAAAGCCAAGAUGCUAAGAAGUUAAUCAAUUACAGAGCACCAACUGCCAAACAGGAAGCUGGAGACUUUGCCAGUGUUGCAUAUUUUGUGCUCAGAAACAGAUGCCCAGAAAAGGGGAGUUUGACCAUUCAGGAUGUCAAUACGUGCCUUGAUGCCAUAGCUGGAAGCAACGCUGCAAAGAAGAAGGAUGUAGUUAAGAAGAACUUCAUGCACCUGUUAAGGAAUACCAGCGCACUGGAACAGAAGUGGCUGGUCAGAAUGAUCAUGAAGGAUAUGAAGUCUGGCCUGAGUCAAGUUGCAAUCUUCCAUAUCUUCCAUCCAGAUGCAGAAGACUUCUUCAAUGUCACAAACAACGUAUCUAAGUUGUGUGCUGACUUAAAUGAUCCUCGGGUCAGAAUGAAUGAGGUUGGGAUUAGCGUAUUUUCAGCCUUCAGCCCAAUGCUUGGAAUGAGAGCCAACACAAACCAGGUUGAGAAGUUAAUGGAGCACAAACCAUUCUUCAUCGAGACCAAACUUGAUGGAGAGAGGAUGCAGCUUCACAAGGAAGGAAACUCUUACAAGUACUUCUCAAGAAGGUCCCACGACUAUUCCCGUUCCUUUGGCGAGACUCCAGAUGAUGGCAGUCUGACACCAUACAUUGCAAACUGCUUCAAAAGGGAUGUUCGUAACUGCAUACUGGAUGGAGAGAUGAUGGCCUACAAUCCAGAAACAAAAACCUUCAUGACCAAGGGAGAGAAUUUUGAUAUUAAGACGAUGAGGGAUGACCAAGAUCUUCAGGUAUGUUACUGUGUCUUUGACAUUCUUCUCUUCAAUGAUAAGAAACUUGCCAACCUUCCGCUCCAUGAGAGGGUACAGUACAUUAGCAAGGUUUUCAAUCCAGUGGAUGGGAGACUUCACAUUGUAGAGAGAAGGGAAGCAAAUUCAAAACUAGACGUUGUGACAGCCUUGAAUGAUGCCAUUGAUAGUAGAGAGGAGGGAAUCAUGAUCAAGAAUCCCAACACAGCAUACCGGCCAGACAGGCGAAAAGGCAGUGGAUGGUUGAAAAUCAAACCAGAAUACGUGGACAAUUUGAUGGAUGAACUGGACUUGUUAAUAGUUGGAGGCUACUUUGGUAAAGGGAUCCGCUCGCAGAUGGUAUCUCAUUUUCUAUUGGCUGUUGCCGAACCAUCCAAAGUACCCGGUGAACAUCCAACCAACUUUAUAGCCUUCACAAAGGUUGGCUCAGGGUACUCGUUGAAAGAGUUGUACGAUUUCAAUCAACGGCUUCUUCCUCAUCUGAAAGUCUUCAAGAAAGAGCGCCCUCCAUCAUUCUUACAAUUUACAAAGGAAAAACCUGAAAUGUACGUGAAGCCAGAAAACUCUUUUAUCCUUCAAGUGAAAGCCACAGAAAUUAGCUCAUCGUCCAGUUAUCCAACGGGCUGCACGCUUCGUUUCCCGCGGGUUGAGAAGGUCCGAGAGGAUAAAGAAUGGCAUCAGUGCAUGACAAAAGAGGAACUGGACAACCUCAGACAGUCUUCGGAGGGGAAGUUAGCAACAAGGCAUGCUGGGAUGGGCGGUGAAGAUGAAGUCCCAAGUAAGAAGAAGAAGGCGUCGUCUAGGAUCGCCAAGCCAGUGGGAGUGGCUGCUCGCUUCAUGGCAGCUGAUGUGUCAGAGGUCACAAAGGUAUCUGAGAUGUUUGCAGAUCGUGAGUUCUGCAUCGUCAACAAUCCCACCAGCCAUUCUAAGGCCGAGUUGGAGAAGAAGAUUGUUGAGUAUGGAGGACAGGUGGCUCAGAACCCUGGCGGUGAAACAUUCUGUGUCUUGGCCAACAAGAUCAAUCUUAAAGUCAGAAACAUUAUCAGCUCUGACAUCUAUGAUGUUGUCAGUACGGACUGGCUGUUAAAGUGUUUGGAUGCACAGAAGUGCCUUCCAUGGUUACCAAGUCACAUGAUCCACGUCUCCCCGGAGACCAAAGUCCAGUUCUCUUUGCUGUAUGAUCGUCAUGGUGAUAGCUACACUGAGGAUGUAGACACUGACAAGCUUAAGGAAAUAUUUGAGAAAGUUGGAAAGGAGGGCAUGUACCCCUCGUUAGGAAAUGAAUCUAUAGCCGAGCUAGAGCAGCAGUAUUUCCCAGGGGAAUCCCCUCUAGGACUCUUCAGGCUGUGCAAGGUCUACAUGGAUUCGUGUCUGGUCAUUGGUGAUGAGUCAACUCAUAUCAAAGACUGCAGUCUGGACUUGGUCACCUUGGAGCUACGCUUCUACGGUGCAACCAUCUCACCUGAGAUGGACGAAGAUGUCACACACGUAGUGUUGGAUAGAAUAGACAAAACCCGUCUUCCUUCCUACAAGAUGCUGAUGAGAGAAAGGCAGCGCAAGUUCCACCUGGUAUCGCCGGAAUGGGUGUAUGCUUGUAUCGACUCCGGCAAAAUACUAUCAGAAAGACGUUUUGAGUUGGGACUACCAGCAGCAGUCGUCUAGACAGUGUUUUGAUCAUGGUAGGGAGACGUUUUGUUGUCCAUGUCAGUUUUUGUACAAAAAGUGUUUCCAUGUGGAUAGGAAGUAGUUUACAUGAAAUCAAAACAAACAGUGGUUCACUCACGAGGGAUGUUUUUGAUGUGUGAGGUCUUUUCACUGGAGUGGAGGGAUGGCAGGGUGUCAUGGUCCAGGGGUUUAUAGCAUCAAAUUCAAGUUAUGGUGGUAAAGUCAUCGUAGUGUGGGUUCGAAUCCCGGUGGUGACGCGUGUGUACUCGAGCAAGAUGCUUUUACUACAGUGGCUUCUCUUUACUUAGAGGUAUAAACGGGUACCUGCUUGACCGCCUGCGAGGGUUAAGGUUGACAUU